CCCUUAGCUGCUCCUAGUCGAAGUUGAAUAUUUCCAACUUUGCAAUUCAAAGCCAGUCAACAAUGGACACUGUUUGAAUACGGUCGUUGUUCUCGGUAGAAAAAAAGUAGUUAAAAAAAAAUAUUUCCCCCCCAAUAUCGAAAGGAUUUCGUCCUUUUUUUUCUAUGUGCUCGUGGGUUUUUUUUUGCCGACGAUCGGAAACGGAAAUAAAUUCCUCAAUGUCCGAACGAUUACCACGACCAGCAAUCACAGGGAUUAUUCUUCGUUCAAGGAUUACCAGUGAAUUUUAAAGGAUAUCGUUAGAGUGAUUUUCGGAUGGUUAAUUUAUCAGUGUCCUUGGAAUUAGAAAAAAAUACAAGAAAAUAAAAAAAAAUUGUUUUUAUUUUGUGAUAUUUGUCUCGGAGAACGGGGGAGUCUCUCUCGACUCCUUGUGGAAAAUGAGUGAUAAAUUUUGAAAAAUAAAAACUCCCCCCUCCCCACCCCCCACAAAAAAAUAAAAAUAAAAUUGAAAAAAAGUGCAAAAUAACCCAGUGUCAUUGUGUGGUAUACCAGCUAAGCUUAAAAAAGGAGAACGAACGAUGAUGUCGAAAAGAUUUAUAUGAAAUCCAUUAUUAUCCUUGGCCAAAUAUAUGCAGACAGGACAUAAUAGUGCCAAAUAAAAAUCCCCACAAAAAAAUGUGUCCUCUCUCUCAAUUAAUAAACCACACAAUCCAGUUAGAAAAACAUCCUUAAAUAUCCUUCUCAAAAAAAAAAAAAAAAACACAAAAAAAAAAUCUUAACAAAAACGACAAAAUAUGUCAAAGAUACUUCCGAAUGCCUUUGGCAAAAUAUGCUUCCAAAACAUCAUGCUGCCCAACGCAGUCAUGUGUCCUUAAGGACACAAAAACAUCUACAACAACGAAUUUGAAGACAUCCUUAUACGAUUGGGAUUCGCCCAGUUCGUUUACUGGCACUGUCAAACGACGCCCCCAUUCAAUAGCCACAACAAAUUGUUCCUCCUCAUCAUCAUCAUCAUCAUCAUCGUCGUCGGCACUAUCAUCGCCAGGAUCUUCUUCUUUGUCAGGCAAUAACAAUUCGCCAAAGGACUACUGCUAUAGAAAAAGUUUCCAUUCUGGUCAGCAACAGAUAAGUCCUCGGGCCAGCAUCAUCAUCGGCAUCGGUUCGGACGACAAAUCUAAUCAAAGUAGACGACGACGAAUAACACAAGUGCCGUUGUCACUGUCCACCGAGGGCGCUAGUAGGAAAAAGAAAAUGUCCUCAAUGCGAAAGGACAAACCGACAAAGUUACGUAUUCCAAAAGUGUCCGAUCGAAAUGCAAACGCGACGGGAAACAUAAACUCACCCAUCACAGCUGGCAAUGUUGGUGGUGGUGGCAAUGGGAGUCUUAAAAAACAUCACGAAGCCAGGACUAAACUUUUACAAUUAAAAUCGCCAUCGGGGAACAAAGUUCCCAGUGCCUCCUCCUCAACUGCAAGAAAUCAAAGUUCCAAGAAAUCUUCGACGAGCACCACUCCAACAACGAGAAAUGCAUCGUCCUUACCACCAUUACCACCACCACCGCCAGCAGCAGCAACUAUUGAACUACCCCCAUUUAUGGGCCCAGGAAAAGAUGGUGGCAAUGGUGGUUAUCGAUUUGUACAAAAUCCUUAUGAUCCUGUCGAGUUCACAGAACUCUUUUGUGACUUUCCGGUUUGUUAUGAGUCAACAACAAUUAUCGCAGCGAAUAACUUUCCGGGCGCCGUUAAGCCCUUACCACCGCCCUAUCGAGAACCACCGCCACCAACACCCCCACCAAUAUCACAAAUGCCUUCGCUUUUACAUGGGAGUGUUGGCAAACGUCAACAACAGGACGAAAUUAUGGCACAACAAAUACAAACAACAGCAAGCUCAAAUAGCAACACAUCAUCACCAUCUCGAGGGAAAGUUGUUCUCAGUAAAAAGGAGCGCAAGGAGUUAACCAAGAAUAACAACAAGUCAGCGAAAAGGACGAGGGAUGAUCCUGAAACUGACAGUUGCGAAGCAGCAACAGCUCUUCAAAAACACAACUAUCAUCACGACAUAAAUAGAAUUUCUUCUUCUGCUGCUGCUAUUUCCAUCAACAACUAUUCCACUGGUCCCGAUGCCGAAGAGGAUGAUAGAAUUCAUAUAAAUGCUGUAGCAAUGAUGGCAAUGGCAGCAGCAGCAGCAGCAAACGGAGGAGGAACAGAGGCAAUUGUGGUAAGUGAAACUUCAUCGCCAUGCAAACAAAAGAGUCCUUACAAAGGACGAGUAACGGAGCUAAAGAAUUGCAUAGCAAAAAUCAACAGUCGUGGUUUAUUCUCGUCGCUGACUAGCACCAGCAAAAAGGAAUCCACUUGCAGCAGCAGCAAUAGCAGCAGCAUUAACGGUUCCGUGACUAAUCUCAGCAGUUCCUCACCAAUUCGCACAGCUACAAUAGACCCAAGUCACAUUGCUGCUGCCAGCGCCACCUCAACAGAAGUAUCAGAUUCGACGAGUCCUUUUAAAAACAUUCCAGUUCGUCAGCGUAAAGGCGGAAUACCGCCAAUGGAGAAUUACUGCCUCUUUGAUCCAAGUGUGGACUUUAUCAACGAAAAGACACUCAAGCGUCGUAAAAAGAGCGAUGUUGUUGUUAUUUCGCCUCCUCCAACGACAAAUCUAAUCGACAAUAGCGAUGAUUUUAUCGAAGAAAUCAUUUACCACGAAGACGAUGAUGACGUUAACGAGGACGAUGUCGACAAUGAUGAUGAUAAAAAUUCCUUUGAACACCACAACUAUUUCGUCAUAGAUCCCGAAGACUUUGAAAUCGAUCCAUCGCGAAGCAUUGGAAUUCCGAAUCCGUUUACCAACGAGGAGCUCAUCAGUCAGAAACUUAUUCUUGCUGCAGUCUCCUCAAAAUCGAUAUCCUUGGAAAAAUGCAACGUCAAUGACGACAGUCAGCAGGAUUUGCUGAUAUCGACGAAAGAGGAAAGUGGCUGUACACCACUUAACCAAUCGACAACUUCAUCAUCGAAAACCGAUGAUGACAGCAGUGCCAAUAGUGGUUGUCAAACUAACAUCACCGACAUCAAUGACAACAACAACUAUAACAACAACAAUGACAGUACGAAUGACAGCAGCAACAAUGACAUGAUGAUUGGUUCGUCAACGUCCACACAUACGGCGGCUUCGAGUUCGUCCACCACGUCCUCGUCGUCCUCCUCGUCCACCACUAAGAAAUUGUCCUUUUUGAAUUUGUCACCAUUUAGAAGUAGUUCGUUGCGUUCGAAUCAUUCAGAUGGUGGCAACAGUGCAGCAAAUGUUGGUGCUGUUGGUGGUAAUGGCACAAUAACAACAACAACAACAUCAGGACGUGGUAGUAGUGAUGACGUGCAAUUUCGUCAUCGUACAAUUCCAAUCGAAUCCAAUUACGUGCUAUUCAAUCCGGGACCGGUGCCAAGUCGCAAUGUUCAAUAUAAGAUUCGCAAGCCACGACCACUGUCCACACAUAGCGAUGCUGAUAGUGGAUUUCUUAGUCCUUGUUCGCCCGAUGAAUUGAAAUUCAAUCCGGCGAUAUUGGUGUUGCAGCAGUGUGAUAGUGUUCAAGGAUAUAUUGAGAUCUAUACAGAUUGGGCGAAUUACUAUUUGGAUCGAGCGAAAUCGAAGAAAAAAGUUACCGAUUUAUCGGCCGAUUGCAGAGAUGGAUUACUAUUAGCUGAUGUCAUUGAAGCUGUAACAUCAUUUAAAGUACCUGAUUUAUGCAAGAAGCCAAAAAAUCAACAACAAAUGUACGACAACGUAAAUUCCUGCCUAAAUGUCCUUCGCACUCAAUCUGUUAGUGGUUUAGAGUCAAUAACAACUAAUGACAUCUGUGCUGGUCGACUAAAAGCAGUUUUAGCGCUUUUCUUUGCUUUAAGUCGAUUCAAACAACAAUCGAAACAAUCGAAAAGUUUAACCGGUUCAAUAAAAGCUGAAAUACAUCAUCAACCGCAAUUGCCAUCACAACAGCAACAACAAACACUACCAGCAACAACAGUUCCGAAUAAUCAAAAUCAAUCGACGACAACAGCAAUAGCAACAAUAAAUAAUGCAAAUGUGAUACCAGCCCAACAACAGACGACGCAAAACGGAAAUGACGCCAUGAUAAAUCGACAAAUUCCGAAUGCUUAUGGUAAAGGAAAUGGAGGUACGGCUAUUCCAUUACCUGCUACCGUUUUGGUUCAAAGACGAUGUCCACCGGAUAAAGUUAGACCAUUACCGCCGACACCAAAUCAUACACCAACCAUUCCGGGAUUAGCAAAAACCGGAGUCGAUAUAAAUGGAAGCAGCCGUCCACCAAGUCCUCCAACAUCCAACCAUACAAUUCAAACCAUCAAGGGUGCCGGCAAUAAUAAUGGCUUACGUCAGCCUCAAUGUAAAAUUCCCACCAGUCCUCAUGGUCCGCCACCGAACUUACCCAACGGUUCAAUACCACAACAUAUCACUGCCAAUGGACCAGCGGCAACAACUGGAACUACAACAACUACCGCCACCAAGCACUCAAUGUUGGAUAAACUCAAGCUCUUCAACAAAGACAAAACCCCAUCGAGCAAUAGUUCGUCGAACAAGUCGCAGGUUUCCAAACGAACCAGUUCGAGCAGUGGUUUUUCGUCAGCUCGCAGUGAACGAAGUGAUUCCUCGCUAAGUUUGAAUGAUGGACAUUUAUCCCAGAUUAAACCCCCAGCUGUGUCGGUGACGGCAAAUCGCAAUAAAGACAAGUCCAAACAAUCAAAGCUCGUGAGUGGCUCACAAAAAUCCUCCAUCAGUUCGUCGAGCAAACUGAAACUCGACAAGAAGGAGAAGAGUCCAGCUCGAACUGCCAACGAUGCUGACUCGAAACUUGGUCACUCUUCGAUAGGACGGGGACAGAAAUCCCUUACAAGGGGCGAUCAAAAGGUUUCAUCCAAGUCGUCUUCCAAAACAUCGCUCAACUCAAAACUCAACGAGUCUCGAUCGGAAUCGAAAACUAGUCUUAUAAUGCCUCCCAACAAGACUCUUCUACCAUCUCCAGGAAUCAGUACGAGUAUCCCGAAACCUGUUGCAGCGAUCAAAGGUACCAGUAAGACCAUUCCACCUCCACCGGUCCAAGCAGACAAUAAGAAACCAGCUCCACUACCUUCCACUGCAAACGGAAGUGACAAAGGUCUAAAACGCGAAAAGAGUGACAUAUCAUCGAACCGCACACCAAGCAUAUCAGAUAACUCUCCACAAAAGACACAUAUCGUCAAACCCAUAGCCCUUCUACCCGAUCAAAUGAUGCCGGGAAGUCCCCUGGGCAGGAAUCUAACCUAUCACCAACAGCAACAAGUUCAGCAACAGCUUCAGAACAAUAAUAACAUAUCAGUGAAUGGAAUUCAGCAACUAUGUGGAGGAUCUCCACAUCAACAACUGCAGGAUCCCAACAAUAUGACAUAUCGAACUGGUUCGGAGACUUUUAUGAUGACGUCACCAUCAGCCCUCAAUGGCAGGAUCAUGACAUCGCCAAAGAAUAAUUCCGCGUUGGUCAGUCGCAAGAUGGACUUUCGCAGUCCCGAACACUCCAGCAGUCACCAUCACUCGUCCAAAUUCAAUACGGUCCCGUCGAAAAUUGUCGGAACCAUUUAUGAGGAAGAGAAGCCGGUGAGUGUUAUGCCAAUGCGACCGUUGCUGCGCGGCUAUAAUACCCAUCAUGUGACAUUGCCGACACGUGGUGCACGAGGCCAUCACUUUGUCGCGGAUUUUUGUGAAUCGGACAUCGGACAGGGCUAUUGCAGUGACGGAGAUGCACUGCGGACACGUGUUGGCGGUCCACCGUCGAGAUUCGCUGAUAUUGACAAUGGCUAUCUGUCGGAGGGUGGCGGUGGCAUUCAUGGUGGGAAACAUUUUCUCACUAUGAUGCGGACGCGGACACAGUUGCCAACGACAAUUGAGGAACGAAUCCGAAAUAGUCGUGGUAGUCUUGAUAGCAUCGGUACAACAGCACCAUCUUCUAACAGUUCCAACGGUUCCAAAAUGGAUUCAAAUGGCAGUCCUAAUAGAUCGUCAUCUCGUAAUGGUCGUGAUAACUGGUCAAAAAUGCCCGAUCCACCAGUUAAUGGUCACAAUAAUGUUAAUAUUCCGCAACAGCAUCAUCAUCAUCAACAGCAACAACAAUUAUCAUCACAACCACCAAGUCCGACUUCCGGUAGGAAGGAUAAAUCAUCACCUAGACGAAGCACUUCGGCAUCGAAGCAACAUCAACAACAUCAACAGCAGCAACAACAUCAUGGCCAAUCAUCGUCGUCAUCAUCGUCUGGCAGUGGUAGAACGAAAGGUGUGCCUCCGAGCUUUGGCUAUGUGAAAAGGUCAAACGGUUCGGCCACAUCAACUGCGGAACAGCAAAAUAUCAUGAUGAUGGGAGGUGGCGGUGGUAGUGGUCAAAAUUCUUGCGGUCAACAGCAGCAGCAACAACAGCAGCAGCAGGGAAGAACAGCUCAUGUCUCGGCAGUUCCUAGGUCGGGAAAAAUUAAAGUUUCCGGCGGAACUCAGACGUGCAACAACGAUAUGCAGACAAAGAUUUCACCAAAUGCCCAACACCGAAGUUUCUCAUUAACAGGACCCGGUGCCACACAGCUUAGCCAGUCAAUUAGGGAACGACUGGCAACUGGAUCGCAUAGUCUACCGAAACCAGGCACCGAUAUGCAUGUCUUCCAACACCGUAUUUCCAAUCGAACAUCUGGCAAAAUGAUCGAUGGCAGUUUAUCCGAUACACAAACCUAUGCUGAAGUCAAACCCGAAUAUAGUACAUAUGCAAUGUGGUUAAAACACAGCAAUACAGCUGGUAGUCGUUUAUCUGAAGGUGAUUCAUUAGAAAGCCUACAAAUUGGAUCACCAAACAUGAAUCGUCAUAAUCAUAAAAUAAUUCAUCGUGGUGGUAAUGAAUCACCAUAUAUUCAAAGUCCUAGAUUAAAUCGAAGUAAUAGUAUCAGCUAUCUGAAAGAAAGGACAUACCCAAGCAGAUCAACAAAAUCAGAAAAAAUGUACCCCUCGAUGUUGAGCCGUGGACCGGAUGUUGAAAUCGAACCAUAUUACUGCCUUCCGGUGGGCACUGUUCCACCUGGAGCAAAUAAUGGCCAUGUAACUGGAGGUGUUGUUGGUGUACCCGGAGUUGGGGGUAAUGUGAAUCAAGUUGUUGGAGUUGGACCAGCAGCAUGGAGUCAACCAACAUCGCCAACACCAAUUAAUCGUACAUUUGGUGGACCUUUGUCGCCAACACAUGGCGGCCCAGCCAAUUUACCCGGUUGCCAUCGACUUACCUAUCCUAAAAAGAAUGAUGAUGUUCAUGGUAGUGCAGCAUCUUUAUUAUCCGGUGGCAGUUCCUUGUAUGGUUCAGCUGAAGAACGUCAAGCCAACGAAAUACGUCGAUUGAAACGUGAAUUAACUGAUGCACGAGAUCAAGUUAUGAGUUUAUCCAGUCAGCUGUCAACUAAUGCUCAUGUCGUCGCUGCCUUUGAACAGAGUCUAUCCAAUAUGACCCAACGGCUGCAUCAACUGACAGCUACAGCGGAACGAAAAGAUGGCGAACUAACUGACAUGCGACAAACGAUCGAACUUUUGCGCAAACAAUCGAUUCAGGCAGGUUUGACAACAGCGCACAUGCAAAGUAUGGGUGUCCAAACGGCUACCAAUCAAAUGUGUCCCAAUGGCGGUGGUGGUGGUGGUGGUGGAAGUGGAGAAGCUUUGUUUAGCAAACCUCAAUCUGCUAUGACAAAUCUUCAUCCAAGACCCCAAUCGGCCACCAAUGGUAGCAAUAAUUCUGGUAUUCCUGGUUCGAUGCAACGUCAUCAUAGUUCGGACUCAAUGUGUUCAUUGAAUUCGAUUAGUUCAGGAUGUUCAGCUCAUGAUAAGAAAAACAAGAAAAAAGGUUGGUUGAGGAGUUCCUUUACCAAGGCAUUCUCGAGAAAUGCCAAAAUAUCCAAAACCAAUCGUCACAUUGGACAUGGUAACGCUGAUCAACAAUCGACUGGCAGUAAUCAAUCGCAUCAUCAUCACCAUCAUCAUGGUCAUCAUCAGCAACAUUCAUCCAAUAAUGGACCGGUUUCACAUGAUCCGGCCUUAUCAAAGCCUCCAUCUUCACCGACCAAAAACAGCCCCCAGAAGACGGUGACUUUGAUUGAGAAUGCUAAGCCCAUAGACGCUAUUGACCAUGAAGAUCAUCAAGUGGUCGAAGAAUUAAAGAAACAACUCCGAGAAAAGGAUCUUGUCCUAACUGAUAUCCGUCUUGAGGCUCUCAGUUCGGCUUCUCAGUUGGAGAACCUCAAGGAUACUGUUAUGAAAAUGCGAGCUGAGAUGAUAAGUCUAAAGCAAAACAACGAGCGAUUGCAAAAGCUUGUAACAAGCAGAUCGCUGGCGGGAAGUGAAGCAUCUCUGGGAAAUGCAAUAAGCCCCAGUGGUUCAAUAGGUGAGUCGAGACGAUAUAGUCUGGCCGAUGGAAACUCACGACCUCCAAUGGAAUUGCCAAAGAGACUUGAAGAAGAAGUCGAAGAAGAAAACAUUCCACCAGCUCCGGCACCAGAGCCUCCACCUCCACCACUAAGUCCCACCACUCAUAUUGAUCUGACACCACCACCACCUGCGAUCGAACCGAUUCCAAGUCCGGCACACUUGCCAACCGGUGUUGAGGAUGUCCCGGAUAUUACGGAUGGCAAAAAACUUGCCAUUUCAUGUUAUCUUGGACAACCCGAAUCGUUUCCGAAAUAUUAUGAAGAAAUUCUAGAAACUGAUGAUUUCUAUCGCAAAGGUGAGAAUGGUGAGUGCAGUGAGAAUGGCUUUGAUGAGCGAAAGUCAUUCCCGAGUGCAACAUUGAAUGAAUUCGUGAUUGCUUAUACGUACAUUUCGGGCAAGACAACGUGGCAAAAUUUAGAUUAUAUCGUAAGGAAGACUUUUAAAGACUAUGUUUCGAGGAUUGAUCCUGGCACAAAUCUGGGAUUGAAUACUGAUUCGAUUACAUCGUAUCAUUUGGGAGAGGCUAAACGUGGUCCAGAGAUGGGAUUCCCAGAGUUGCUGCCAUGUGGUUAUAUAGUUGGCAACGUCCGAUCGUUGUAUAUCUGUCUUCAGGGUGUUGGAUCGUUGGCGUUUGAUAGUUUGAUUCCAAGGAGCAUAGUUCAUCGGUAUAUUAGUCUUUUGACCGAACAUCGGCGGCUGAUUUUAUGCGGUCCUAGUGGGACUGGGAAGUCAUACCUGGCAAGGCGACUGGCAGAGUUUUUGGUCGCUCGAUCAGCCCGUGGGAAUCCGUCAGAGGCUAUUGCAACAUUUAAUGUUGAUCAUAAAUCCUCGAAGGAACUUCGACAAUAUCUUGGCCAUAUAGCCGAACAAGCGUCCAUAGCAAAUGGAGCCGCUGAUCUACCAUCUGUGAUUAUUUUAGACAAUUUACAUCAUGCUUCCGCUUUGGGAGAUGUCUUCUCCUGUCUGCUGAGUGCUGGCCCAGCAGCCAAAUUGCCCUGCAUCAUUGGUACAAUGUCGCAAGCAACGUGCAAUACUACGAAUCUUCAAUUGCAUCAUAAUUUCCGAUGGGUUCUCACAGCAAAUCACAUGGAACCUGUCAAAGGUUUCCUUGGUCGAUUCCUUCGUCGACGACUUUUCCAACUGGAAUUACAAACCCUCAACCAUCAACCCGAACUUGCAUCGGUUUUAGCUUGGCUACCAACUGUCUGGCAACACAUUAAUAGAUUCCUAGAAAUUCAUAGUUCUUCAGAUGUUACAAUUGGUCCAAGAUUAUUCCUAUCCUGCCCGUUGGAUCUGAAAGACUCUCAAGUAUGGUUUACAGACAUUUGGAAUUAUCAUCUAUCACCGUAUCUAGUCGAAGCAGUGCGGGAAGGUGUUCAGCUUUAUGGUCGGCGUGGUGGUGCGUGGAAUGAUCCGUCCGCUUUUAUACGUAAUUCAUAUCCAUGGCCAUAUGGACCGGAUUCGGUGCCGCCAUUAAGGCAAAUAAAUGCUGAAGAUGUUGGUUUGGAAGGAAUGCCAGUUAGCAAUGGCGAUGCUCAAGAUCCUUUGCUCAACAUGCUAAUGCGACUACAGGAGGCUGCCAAUUAUUCGGAAAAUCAGGAACAAGAAUCCGAUUGUGCCAGUUUGGAUUCAAAUAUAACACCAGACAGUUCAGCGGGCGCAGAGUAAUGUGUAAUUAAAUUAUAUAUAUACGUACUUUAUAUAAAUAGAUAAAACGAAAAAAAAAAAUGUAAAAAUAAAUAUUUAAAUCAAACAAAGAAAAACAAACAUGAAAAAAAAAUCGAUUCUAUUCAAAUUGCUAACAAAACACAAAAAAAAUUCAUCACAUUAUAUCAAGAGUCCUUUUUUCACUCCAUUCACACAAUAUCGCCAUUCCCUAUUGAGAUUUCCCAAAAUAGAAAAAAAGAUACUUCUUCUUUAUUUUUCAUCCCUUUAUUGUGUGCAAUUGAUUAAAAUUAAUUUAAAACAAAAAAAAAAUCGCUGAUUUUUCAAAAUAAAUUGAUGAUAAGCGAAGGAUAUUUGAAGAAUGAUGGAAAUAUUUUAGGGAAUUUAAAAUAAAGAAAAAAAUGGAAAAAAGAAAAUUCAAAAGGUCGAACAACUAAAUAAGUGGAUUUUUAUCUUUAGUCAAAAAUUCAAAAGAUAAACAUAAAAAAAAAAAACAAAAAGGAUAUAACUUUUUGAUUUAAUUAAUUAUUUUUAAAUAAACCAAUUAAAAUCCUUUUUUUUUUUUUUGUUCAAUUCUUUUUCUAUUUAUGAUGAUGUACAAACUUUCACCCAGACAAAGAGAGGUAUCAGUAAAAAUGUUUCUGUCUGAUGUGCCACCAUCAUGCCAAUGGUAUAUAGAUGAAAUACAAAAUGAGGAAGGAAGACAUCAUCAUUUUUCUCUUUGCAGUUUUUUUUUUUUUUUUUUCCUAUUGAAAAGUUUUUGCGUAUACCUAUGUACGUCGAGGAGUUCCUUUUUGAAAAAAAAAAAAAAUUCCAAUCAUAGAAAAAUCGUUUUUCUAUAGGGGAAAAGUUUUGUGCAUUAAAACUUAUAUAGAUGUCUCAUUGUUUUAGAUUUGAGUUGAGAGUCUCUGUAUUUGUGCAGAGUAUACUUUCUUUUUGUUUGAAAAAAUACACAGAUUUAUAACUUUCCUUUAUUUUUGUUUAAAGAAUUUCGAAAACUUUCUUUUACUACUUUCGAUGUAGAAAAAAAAAUUGAAUCCUUUUUUCCCAAAUGCGAAAGAAGUUUUAAGAAAUUAUAUUAUUUGCACGUGUGUUUUUAUUUUUUUUUUUUUUAAUUUACUCACUUUCGUUGAGUAUAUGUUCAUGAUGUUAGGUGAAUUUCAUUUGAUUGAAGUUAAAAAAUCUGAACCUGGGAGUUUUAAAAAGUCGGUCUGAAUCAGAUAGACUAGUGAAAGUGGCGCCCAACGGAAAAAAUACUCACUUAAUAUAGAUGUAUCUGUAGCUUCUGAAAAGCUUUAUAGAAGCAAAAUUAUUAGUUAGGUAGACUGAAAGUGGCGCCCACUUUACUACUCACAAUCUUUUGAAAUUCACUCUAAUAUUUAAACAAAAAACACAGUUUUUGUCAACAUUUCAUAAAUAAAUUACACCCUUAGCACUUGUUAUGAAAAUGCAAUUGAGUGUACAUAAAA